AUGACUUACGUAAAAGUAAAGAAGACAGGAGAUCCUGGAUUUCAGCAAGGAGUUGGUGUUGAUCUAGACGUCAAUCAAAGCACUGUUUCCAGAAUCUUAGCCUCGGUAUCUAAAGCAAUUUAUUCAAAAAGAAACAAUUGGAUAAAGUUCCCCAACACUAACGAAUUGCUUAGAGUUGUUAUUAAUGAGGGAGCACGUGGGGAGCGAAUGCCCAGGGUUAUAGGUGUUAUUGACUGUACCCAUGUAAAAAUAACAAAACCAUCUAUUCACGGUGAUGAAUACGUGAACAGAAAAGGGGUAUGCUCAAUAAAUGUUCAAGCUACUUGUAAUACCCGAGAAAUGUUUACAAGUGUGGAUGCAUCUUGGCCAGGCUCCGUACACGAUAGUCGAAUUUGGCGAAACUUCAUAGUGCAUGGAAUUAUGUAUAAUAAUCUGCACGAAGCAGCUUUAUUAGGUGAUGAAGGAUAUAGUGUUGUCCCGUGGUUAUUGACACCAUAUAAAAAUCCAACUACACCAAUUCAAGAAAAUUAUAAUUUAAUCCAUGCAAAGGAACGAUGUGUCGUAGAGCGCUGCUUUGGUCAGUUAAAACGGCGUUUUCCAAUGCUCCAGUAUACUUUUCGCCUAAAAACUGAAAACAUUCCAGAACAUAUUGUGAGUGCAUUUGUACUUCACAAUAUAGCUAAAUAUCUACAAGAUCCGUACCAUGAUUUUGAUCGAAUUGAGAUGGAAGUUCAGCAUCCCAAUAAACUAAUGCCAGAGGGUAAUCAAGCACAAAUUCGAAAUCAAGGUACACAGCGCAGAAAUGAAGUUGCUGAGUUUUUAUUUCGUAAUAAUAACUAA